CGGACGUGAUCGCAACUGAAAGUCGUCAUGGGCGACGAGGUAGUGAUGCUGAAGGCAAAGGUUGCCGCGCUCGAAGCGCGACUCCGCGAUGUGGAAGGAAAGAAAAAUGCGGCAAGUCGUGUGCAACUGGCUUCCAUGAGCGCAGAGGUUGUCGACAGCAACCCGUACAGUCGCCUCAUGGCGUUGAAACGCAUGGGGGUCGUACCCAACUACGAAGACAUUCGCAAGUUGUCCGUGUUGGUGGUGGGUCUUGGUGGUAUUGGGUCCGUCGCGGCAGAGAUGCUCACGCGAUGUGGUAUCGGCAAGUUGAUUCUGUACGAUUACGACCGUGUAGAACUUGCCAACAUGAAUCGUCUCUUCUUUCAACCUUCUCAGGCUGGAAUGACCAAGACCGCCGCCGCAACGCAAACCCUGGUCGAGAUCAACCCGGCCGUGUCGUUCGAAGAAUUCGCAAUGGAUAUUACAACCCCGGCGAACUUUGAGCAUCUACUCGACCGCAUCCAGCUCGGUGGAAUCCUCCCGAACUCUCCGGUUGACUUGGUCUUGAGCUGCGUCGACAACUUUGCUGCUCGCAUGUCCAUUAACGAAGCGUGCAAUGAACUGGACCAGGCCUGGAUGGAGAGCGGCGUGUCCGAGGACGCCGUGUCCGGCCAUAUUCAAACGCUUCUGCCAGGUCGCACUGCAUGCUUCGAGUGCCUACCGCCGCUGAUUGUUGCCAGCGGCAUCAGAGAAUCCACCCUCAAGCGAGAAGGCGUGUGCGCGGCGUCCCUACCGACCACAAUGGGACUUGUCGCGGGUCUCUUGGUGCAAAACGCGCUCAAGUUUCUUCUCGAGUUUGGGCAGGUGUCGUACUACUUGGGCUAUAGCGCCAUGACAGACUUUUUUCCACGAGGCGUAAUGCGACCCAAUCCAGAAUGCGCCAGCCGCCACUGCCGACGCCAACAAAUGGUUCACAAAUCCUGGACACCCAUGGAAUGGGUACGGCCGGCGGCUACGCAUGACACGAUCGUGCACGACGACAACGAGUGGGGCAUCACAAUGUGCGGUCCGAUAGCUGAUUCGUUGCAACUUUCAGUUGAGGGAGUGGCGACUCCCGCGCCUGCACUUGCAUUUGCGUACGAGCCGACAAAUGUGCUAAAUGCCGAAGCAGGACGAAUAGUGGCGGUCCCGACCGAAGCGUCGCUGGAGGACUUGAUGGGCCAGCUUCACGCGCUUCCAUGAAACACCAAGAAAAGCAACUUGUAAUUUUACAUUUUCACCUUGUAUUUCAUGUGCGUUUUGAACAGGAGAGAUGCCCCAAGAACUUGCUCUAUUCUGCCUUUACUGUUUUGGCAGUCGAACGUGACCUUCUUGUGCAGCACUGCGUCAAAAUUGCUCCCAUGACGAACCCAAAGCCGACGCUCCCAACGACGAGAGCCAUCAUGGCUGCAUGAUCCUCCUGCGCCCAUCGCGCAACGGUAGCGACUGCGCCGAUUUCGAGCGCCGUCUCGAGAAGAAAUGCCGACUCCACGGGACCCGUGGGAACCAUGUAGGUAUGCGUGGCAAAGGCCAUGAUAGCGUCCACGUUGUGCGGCCCAUGAUACGGAUACGCCUCUCCCUGAGCGAGUAAAACCAGCGCAGGAAUCGAUUUCAGCCCAAAAUGAGUCUUGAGAGACGGCGUUGCCUCUACCGUCGCCACUAUCACGUGAUGCGGUUGCAACGUCAUCGCAAUCGCUUCCAAGAGCGGGGCGAGUGCGUGUUUGUGCUGUUUACGUGGGGCGAUGAACGCCACGAGCCACGUACCGUUGUUGGUGGUUGUGUUCGUCAAGGCAUCUUCCGUCAACUCGACCACUUUGGACAGGCGACGAACCAUCGGCAGCUUGGUCGCCGGCGUGCUGCGAAACCCGCCUCUUACGAACGUCGUCAAAUCGUCCGUCGCCCAGUCCCCCGAAUACGAGUACAUCAUCGAUCCAUUCGACACGAGCAAGAUUGCUGGAGCGUCAAUGCCCGCCGUUCGCAUGGCCUCGACGACUUGGACGGACUUGUCGCUCUCAACGUUGACGCGCCCAAACGACACGUGGUCCUUGAGCGCCACGACCCAAUUCUCGACAAGGUCCGACAGCGGUGGCGCGUAGACUACGACCAGCCACGGGCGAACAUCCUUCGUCGACAAGUCCAUGAGCACACCCUCAAACGUGGCGUCCGUGAGCGAAAGCACUCGAGACGGUCGUUUCUUUCCAUCUUCUGGCACGAGCUCGCUCCACGACGGCAGCGGCACAGCAGUACUGGCGUUCUUCUCGCCUCGGGCAAACGCUGUGAGAGCCCCAAGUUGCCGCUUGCCCUUGUAUUUGUACAUCAUGUUCUGGUCCACGAACACAAUCGUGGGAAGACCUUGGAGCUGGAACAACUUGCUCAACGCGAUGUUGGCGACGACGUCGACUUGACCAACGUGCACGUGUCCUGACAACGCGACAGCCACGCCAUUCCAAAUGGGUUCCAACCGGCGGCAAUGCCCGCACCAGUCGGCAUAAAACUUGAUCAGCCACGGCUUGGAGGACCUCCGAAUGCGAUCGAACCCGUCCGUCGUCAAUGGGACCACUGCACCGGUCGGUAUGUUUUCCCACGUGGCGAUGCUAUCGGGGUCUGGCAACGCGAACGCCUCUUCGCUCUUGUACCCUCCCGUCGCAAACGCCUCCAGCGCCGCGACGGUCCACCAUCCGACGAAAGGCGUCAUCGUGCCAUUCAAAAACAGGAUGAUGGUCGGUGUGGAAGAGAGCUGCAGCUGUGUCACGAAUCGAGGGUACGCUACAAUGUCGAUCUGUGCCAUCGACAGACGCGGCGUGUCUCGGAGGUUCCAGGCCACUUCGUCGUACACGUCAAACUGGUCCUCGACCCAGGCGUCGCCUUCGGCGUCGACAAACGCAAUCAACCACGCGCCAGUAUCUGCUCUGGACUGCACAAACAGGUCGAACUCUCGCUCGCUCAGAGCGAUCACAUCGCCGACUUCUUCCAGGGUGCCGUACUCCGACUCUUCUUCAUCCUCGCCCUCCACGUCGUCAUCGUCAUUAUCGUCGUCGCCAUCGGCGGUGGCGUCAAGCGGCACUUCGACAUUCACGGCACUCGUCGCCAUUCGACCGUCGCAAUCAUGUUGAGACUGACCACACAUACGUUGCUCCACGUCCUCCUGAUCAUCGUCAUUCUCGUCAUCUUCGUCAUCAUCGACAUCAUCGUCAUCGUCGUCAACGUCGUCGUCAUCGUCGUCAUCGU